AGUUUUCCGUUGGUGCACCACAUAUUUUUUCUUUUAAGCAAAAGCUAAAAUAUGGUUCCUAUUCUUUCCUGUAUCAAUUUGAGUCCCACAGUGAGUUGUCCUGCUCUUUCAUUUUACGAUCCAAAAGUUUGUUACUUUUUAAAUUAUCUACAUGAGGUGCUUCUCUUUGAUCUUUCAUCUGAGUCUAAAAAUAUGUCUAUUUUUUGCUUGCAGUUCAAUUUUAUUAGUAUUGAGUAUUUGUACCAUUAUUUUUUGUUUCAAUUCCUGACUUUGCAGAAAGGAGAGGCCCAACUACCCAUUCAUCGUUCACAAUCAGUCCCUGUGAUUAAUAAAGAUGGAAGUAUAUAUUUAGGUGGUGUCAUUCGUGUAAUUCCCACCACACCACGAAUGCCUGAGAGGGCUGUCACAACAACUUCAAGCACAUCCCCAGUAACUGACACUGAUGGAAGUGAUGAUGGCGGUGAAGAUAUUGCUGUAGAAGAAGCUGUUUGUCGAAUUUGCUUAGUUGAACUAGGUGAAGGUGCUGAAACCCUCAAGAUGGAGUGCAGUUGUAAAGGUGACCUUGCUCUUGCCCACCAAGAAUGUGCUGUCAAAUGGUUCAGCAUUAAAGGUAAUAAAACAUGUGAUGUAUGCAAGCAAGAGGUUCAGAACCUACCCGUCACACUUUUACGAAUUCAAAAUGUUCAGACCCUUAAUUCUCGAGGAAGUAGAGCACAGCAGACUGAGGUUACUCAAUAUAGGGUUUGGCAGGAUGUUCCCAUCCUUGUCAUAGUCAGCAUGCUUGCUUACUUCUGUUUUCUUGAGCAGCUUCUAGUGGGCAAAAUGGGAUCGGGUGCAAUUGCUCUCUCUCUUCCUUUUUCCUGCAUAUUGGGUCUUUUGGCAGCCAUGACAUCAACCACAAUGGUGAGAAGAAAAUUCGUCUGGGUUUAUGCAACUACUCAGUUUACACUGGUGGUUCUCUCAGCACAUGUACUCUAUUCAUUGCUUCACAUGCAUGCAGUUCUGUCUGUUCUCCUGGCCACUUUUAUGGGGUUUGGAGUUACAAUGUGUGGAAAUUCUAUUAUUGUUGAGGUUUUUAGAUGGAGAGAAAGAUGGCUUUUUCAGUCAAAUCGACAGCGUGGUUCUCAGGAGGUGAUGCAGCCGAAUCAAUCACCAGAGAAUGCACAACAAGCGCAAACAAAUCCUCAACAGCUUGAAAAUGAAACUCAAGUUGCAGAAGCUAUUCAUGGCAGCUGACUUCUGUACUUUAACAUGCACUAAAACCAUAGUUGCAUACUAGGAGGGGCUGUAAAUAAAUAUAGAACAUGUUAAGAGUAGUUGUAUAUAAACUAUUUCGCAUGUAUAGCUUGGCCUUAGAAAAGUUCAAAUGACAACCCGUGGUGAAACUUUUGGCGUCCUUG